AUGGUGUUCUCCCCAUUAGGCAAUCCUACCGAGCAUGGUGCAAUGUCAUUAUCAAUCCAAACUUCAUACGCUGUACAAGCUAAACUUUCUAUAUUGUACAAGCCAAAAAAGGGAAGAAAAGAUAUUCACAUGAAGCAUGCUUUAAACCUCGUUGGAAGUGAUAGGUCAUCAAGACGCGAGAGAGGUCGAACAAGUCGACAAGUCGUAAAGAUGCCAAACAAGAUACAAAAUAGUCGAUUUGCUGGGAUCACAAUCUCGAUUGCUGUUGUAUGGACAUUUGACGAGAUUUUGACUGUGUCUGGUGUAUACGAUAAUACAUCUCCACAAACACAAGCCAACUGUAGAACUGAUCGCUCUGGCCUCAUUUCUGCUGCACCAUGGAUAAGGAUACCAAAUCCAUUUCAAUGGGGCCAUCCUACUUUUGAAGUUAGAGAUGUCUGUUUAGUGAUGGUGGCUAGCCUUGUUGCUACUGUUGAGUCUAUAGGUACGUUUUCUGCCUCAUCAAGAUUAGGGGGGGAAAUUCGUCCACGGCUCCCUAAAUCCUCUCGUUCAAGACAACCUAAAUCUGAACCUGAUAUUGCCGCGAAGGAAAAGCGAAAGAAUUUGUUCAUAAGAUAUGUAAAAGCGAAAGAAAAUAGGAGUGCACUCCACAUUUCGCCUGAUACACUUCCUCCUGCUAUUGGCUUUCAGGGAGUUGGAACUUUAAUUGAUGCAGUGUUUGGCAUGGGAUUUGGCUGCACUGCUUCAGUUGAACAGACUGGUUUGACUGGAUUAACAAAGGUAGGCAGCCUACGAGUCGUUUUUGUAUCAGCAAUUUUUAUGCUUCUUCUUUCCACAACAGGAAAAGUGAGUGCUAUUCUGGCGUCUGUACCCUUGCCAAUUGCGGCGUCUCUCUAUAUCAUCCUCUCUCCCUAUUUGCUUUCCAGUGGUCUGAAAGAUCUUCACUACUUGGACUUGGAUAGGUCAAAGUUAAAUUUCAUUUUAGGCUUCUCCCUCUUUGUGGGUAUAUCUACCAGUAAAUACUACAGCUCUGAUAUAUUUUUUAAUCAAGGCCUUCCUCAUUCCAGAUCUUCUUGGUUCAAAGACAUUAUACAAGUGAUUUUCUCAUCUGCACCAACUACAGCCACUAUAGUUGCUUUCAUUUUUAAUUUGAUAAUGCCCAUCAAAUCCUCCAAGAAAGAGCCAAAGAAGAAGGAGCUGAAGCCAAAGGAGGAGGAGAUGGAGUUGAGGCCGCUGUGGGAAGAUUGGAAGAUUUAUAUUGCUUCAAGACGUUCAUGGAAAUCUACUUUGGGGAUUCCUUCUCAUCCUUCACAUUGAUAGCCUUACAAUUCCUUAUAAUUGUGUUAGCCGUUGAUAUUUAUAA